GCAGAGACACCUCGCGAAAAAAAUUGUCGUUUUAAGUUUAUUGAUAGUUAUUCGCAAUAAGCCUAUAACACCUUUUAUUUUUCGCGAACGCUCCCUUUAAAUAGACGGUCACUUAAAAAUUACAAUUACAGUCCCUUUUAAUGAUACUUUAUAAACAUUUCUUCUAUGCAUAUUUCAGCAAACCCUGACCAUGUGAUGAUCCCAAUUCUUGUAAGUAUUUCUCUGGUUCCGAUGAUAGUUCUCUUCUUAAUAUGUGUUAUCAGGUAUAAGAAUGAAACAAGAAGAAAAAGAUCCAAACUUCUCUCAACGGUUGAAGCUAAGCAACCAGUCCGAAUUGUCAGAUUUACAGAAUUUUCUCUGUACACAGUGGACGAGGAGGGACGAGUUCAAUCCUCUCCGGACCAAAUGAAAUCUACUCCGUUUCCUCCUUCCCAUCCUUUCAUCUCCUCAGUCGAAACUCAACCUGAGAACGACUUAGAGAUUUCUGAACAUCUCUUGCCAGAAAGUUCUAACAUUCAGAACCCAGAGAAUAGUUGGAGAUGUAAACAUCAUCAGAAACCAAAAAGCAAGCACAGUAAAUGUGUACAGACGUCGCCUAAAGAAACUCAACGUAUGCCUUGUAUAGAUCCAGCUCCCAAACAGACAUUGAGGUUCAUUCUCAGACGAUAAACUGCAACAAAACAUGAACAAAAUUCCUGUCCUGGUUCCAGUAAUGGUUUUAACUGAAUAAUACCGUCGUGGAUUUUCAAAAUUUGGGUUUAAGUGAAUGACCGAAAAGUUUUUUUGCUGACAUACAAACGGAAUGCAAGGAAAUGAAAACAUUGUGCAGUGUCUUUUCUUAAAAUAAAAACUUUAAAUGA